AUGAAGAAGACAUUCGAAAAGAGUAACAAAGAUAAUCUAACUAUUAUUUCGGAUCAGUUCACUAAAGAUAUACUCAAUAACAGUGACGAUGAAAUAAGAUCCUCGUUUUAUAGAAAGCUUGCGCAAAGAAACCGCACUUCAUCAGCUCCGGCCAAACCGGCUACAUCAGCAUCAUUUAAUACGCUUAAUAAAUUAAGAAAACAGGGCUGGAUUAGUAAGGAUUCAUUAAAGGAAAGACUAGAUCAUGAAUCUCUUGAGGCAAGGCGACUUUAUUCACGCUUAAAAAAUGUAGAAGAUACUUUCGUCAAGGGUGUUAACCAAUAUGUGGAAUAUGAGGAUGAAAAACAUGACCGAAAAAAGAGGAUGUUGAAUAAAAAAUGGAAUGAGCAUGUUUAUGAUGUUGUACAGUAUAAAGUAUUGUUAGACGAUUAUUCACCUGAAGAAUAUGAUCCAGUGCACUUGCAACGAAAUCGAUAUCAUGGCUCUAGGAGAUCGGCGGCACCAAUUCGCGAUCCACUAAUUUUGCAAGAAAGGGCUAGAACAGCUGAAGAUCGUACUGUUAGAAGAUGUGAUACUGGUGUGAGUUGCUCUUCAAGGGAAUUAGCUAAAUAUCGUUUACCUUCAUCCCCGUUAGUACCUCUUGGGCGUGGGCAAGAUGAUAGUCGUGAUUGGAUUAAAAUGGAAUUAUAUGAUAUCACGAGUAAUAUACGGACUCAAAGCAGGUAA